AUGGCUCAUUUGCUUCUUGUUGUUUUGCUGUUUUCUGCUCAACUGAUUUCUGGAUUCAGUAUCCAAAAACUACCUCCAUCAGACUAUGGAAACGUGAUAACUAUUUUGAGUAUUGAUGGUGGUGGUAUUAAGGGGAUUAUUCCAGCAACAGUUCUUAAUUACUUGGAUAAGGCUCUUAAGGCUAAGGAUCCGGAUGCAGAUUUAGCACAUUAUUUUGACGUGAUAGGAGGGACAAGCACUGGUGGACUCAUAACAGCUAUGUUAGCUGCCCCAAGCACUGAAGACCCCAAUCAUGCCGCCUUUACUCCUGCACAAAUUGUAGACUUCUACAUAAACGAAGGCCCUUCUAUAUUCAACACAUCUAACCCUGGAAAAGGUCCCCAAUUUGAUGGGAAGUUCUUACAUAACAUAACUCGUGAGAAGUUGAAGGACACAAGACUUAGUCAAACAUUGACCAACGUUGUAAUUCCAACUUUCGACCUCAAGAGACAAAAGCCAGUUAUAUUCUCAAGCUACAAGCUUGAGAGUGCUCCCUACUUAAAUGCCUUGUUGUCGGAUAUAUGCAUAUCGACUUCAGCUGCACCCACCAUUUUACCACCCUACUAUUUUGUGAAUAAUGGUGUCGAGUUCAAUAUGAUUGAUGGUGCUGCUGCAGCUGGGAAUCCGACACAAGCUACAGUGAGUGAAGUGUUACAACACAAUAAGUACCCCAAAAUCCUAGUGUUGUCUUUAGGGACUGGAACAACAGCAAUUGAGGAGAUCUAUGAUGCUCAAACGGCAGCACAUUGGAACCAGCUUAACUGGUUAGGCGUUAUAAGUGAUCUUCUUGCUCGUGGUUCAACAGCCAUGAUUGAAUUCUACCUUGCUUCACUCUUCUCAGGCUUCCAACCUGAAAAUACCUACCUUCGAAUUGAGGAAUAUAACUUGGAUCCUGCUUUCUCCAACCUGGUUGAUGUUACACCAGAAAAUUUGAAGGGUCUUAAUGACACCGGAAUAAAUCUGUUACAAGAAAAUGUUGUGAGAAUGAAUUUGGAUACUUUUGAUAUAGAAGACGCAGGCGAAGGAACAAAUGCUGAGGCUCUUGACAGGUUGGCUGAGAUUUUGUAUGAAGAAAGACAGGAUCGUCUGAAACGAAAAUCUACUAAAAGAGGAGGAAGAUCAUUUCUUGAAACUCCAAGUGAGUUCUAUGCAGCUCUUAAAGCUUGGAAGAACCAUGAAUAA